CUGAGCGUCAGUAGCGUGAUCGACGCAGCACAGAGGAACGUUUUUACUCCGCGUCAUGUUUUCUUCUGUUUUUAAGGCAAAAACUCUGCAGCUUUUAUUUUUGUGUCUCUUUCUUCUGACUGUGACUGCAGUAACAACAGGACAUGAAAACGCUUCAUGCUGUGUUCACAGGUGCAGCUCCGAAGCCGUUUGUUGGGAUCCUGAACAUCACGGAGUACAGGGUGCAGCUGAGGUGUGAGGUCAGAGGUGCGUCUCCGAAGCCUAGAGUGGAGUGGAGGGACAGCCAUGGAAACAUCCUUCGUGCUGAGGAGCCACAGGUGUCACACAGAGACGGCCGCUAUGACAUCACCCUCCUCACCGCGGUGACCAGGACAAACACCAACCUCUUCCACUGCGUGGCCACACAGGAGGAGAUGGGCCAUGUGACUGAAGAAGAGAUCCACGUUCCAGAUCAGCUGUUCGAGUCCUGCGAUGGAGUCGGUGUGAUCGUUUCUGUAUUUGCUUCUGGAUUCUCUGUCGCUGUGUUUGCGUCUCUGUUGCU